ACCGGGGACCGGGCCUAAGUGCCAGGGCUAGGCCAGGUACGGAGUCGCAGCGUUUGGGCGGUGUCCGACCAUCAAGACCCCACCCAGGGUGGGAGGCUAACGCUCUGGAACCCUGGAUUCCGGGACUGGAGACUACCGCAGGAGGGGAAAGCAGAGCACAAGGAGCCAGUGAUCUCACCCACCGCUUCCUCUGGGCCCUUGAAUUUCCGGAAGUCCUGCACCCUCCCUGGGCACUUUGGAAGGGCCAGAACGGUAGAGGGUAAGACUUCAUAGAGGCAGCGAUAGGUGAGUCCAGCUUGCCGGUUGGAAUACCCCCACCCGCCCACAGUUUGUGGGCUGCUAUCGACCUUGCCCCUGAAACCAAUCCUGCGGUCCUGAUCCACUGGCCCCGGGGAGGCAGGGCAAGAAAGGAGCUGUGGUACUGAACAGGUAUGAGCCCAGUUUCAAACUAUGAAGCAGAUCAGUGGGAACUAAAGAGAGAGAAGUGGAAAGACAUGGUGACAGCGACAAGGUACAGAGGGGCAGACACCAGAGACACACAGAAACAGGGCUGGGACAGGUGCACUGUGGCAGCAAACACAAGGACAGGGGCGGCUGCAAAUGCCAGCUGCAUCUCAUAUCCCUGCAGGCCCGGAGUUAUGGCAGCCGCAGUGACCCCAGGAACUCCGGAAACCCCUGUGCCAGUCACACCUGGUGACUUCUCAGGGGAAGGGAGCCAGGGACUUCCUGAGCCCCAGCCAGAGCCCAAGCAGCUCCCAGAGCUGAUCCGCAUAAAGCGAGAUGGAGGCCGCCUGAGCCAGGCAGACAUCAGAAGCUUCGUGGGUGCUGUGGUGGAUGGGACUGCGCAGGGGGCACAGAUCGGGGCCAUGCUCAUGGCUAUCCGACUUCGGGGCAUGGACCUGGAGGAGACUUCGGCGCUGACCCUGGCACUGGCCAAGUCUGGGCAGCAGCUGGAGUGGCCAGAGGCCUGGCAACGACAGCUUGUGGACAAACACUCCACAGGGGGCGUGGGUGACAAGGUCAGCCUAGUCCUGGCACCUGCCCUGGCUGCAUGCGGCUGCAAGGUGCCCAUGAUCAGUGGACGUGGCCUAGGACACACAGGGGGCACCUUGGAUAAGCUUGAGUCUAUCCCUGGCUUCAACACUAUCCAGAACCCAGAGCAGAUGCAAGUGCUGCUGGAGCAAGUCGGGUGCUGCAUUGUGGGGCAGAGUGAGAAGCUGGUUCCUGCAGAUGGAAUCCUGUAUGCUGCCAGAGAUGUGACAGCCACUGUGGACAGCCUGCCACUUAUCACAGCCUCCAUCCUCAGUAAGAAAGUCGUGGAGGGCCUAUCGGCUCUGGUGGUGGACGUUAAGUUCGGAGAGGCUGCUGUGUUCCCCAACCAGGAGCAGGCCCGGGAGCUGGCCAGAGUGCUGGUCGGCGUGGGGGCUGGCCUGGGGCUUCGGGUCGCAGCAGCCUUAACUGCCAUGGACAAGCCCGUGGGCCGCAGUGUGGGCCACGCCCUGGAGAUAGAGGAGGCGCUGCUUUGCAUGGAUGGCGCAGGGCCGCCGGACCUCCGGGAUCUGGUCAUUAAGCUCGGGGGGGCCGUGCUCUGGCUCAACGGACAGGCCGAGGCCCAGGCCGAGGGGGCCGCCCGGGUGGCUGCAGCAUUGGACAAAGGCUCAGCCCGGGACCACUUCGAGCAAAUGCUGGCGGGGCAGGGCGUGGACCCAAACAUGGCUCGAGCGCUGUGCUCCGGGAGCCCCGCGCAACGCCGGCAGCUGCUGCCCCGGGCCCGGGAGCAGGAGGAACUGCUUACGCCUGCAGAUGGUACUGUGGAGUUGAUCCGCGCGCUGCCGCUGGCUCUCGUGCUGCACGAGCUCGGGGCCGGACGCAGCCACGCUGGGGAGCAGCUCCGGCUGGGGGUGGGAGCCGAGCUGCUGGUCGACGUGGGCCAGAGGCUGCGCCGCGGGACACCCUGGCUCCGCGUGCACCGCGACGGCCCCGCGCUCAGCGGCCCGCAGCGUCGCGCCCUGCAAGGGGCGCUAGUGCUCUCGAACCGCGCGCCCUUCGCCGCCCCCUCGCCCUACGCCGAGCUCAUCUUGCCGCCGACCGGCGCGCAGCAAUAAACACCUACAGCCGGAA